GCUGCAGCCACCCGAAAAAAAAAAAAGGGGAACCCAGCCAUGCCUUGGAAAACAAAAAAAAAAAAAAAAAAAAGAAAAGAAAAGAGGGAACCAAGCAAGCCGCCGGCACCAGCCUUGAGAAGCCGGUGAGAAAGCUUGGAUUUCUCCUCCUUUUCUUGUUCUUGAACCCAGAAAUCUCCCUCCCCUGCUGGAAAAUCCGGAUCUGCUCUGCUCCUCCUCUUCACCGCCGGCUGCUCCUGCUUUGUGGGGUGUGAUUUGCUUCAGUUUUUGCCCCGUGAGUCCCCCUGCACUUGCCGCCGGCCUUCCCCCAACCUGCAGUCCGGUUUUUGCUUGCAAAUUCUGGUUUCUGAUCGUUCUGUCAGCUUAGCACUGAAAUCGAGUGUUCGGUUUUAUGCGAGUGAGUGGGGGUUAAACGCUAGCACAUGUCGACAUGUAUUUUUGUAGAGCUGGUUCUUCCUGCUAGUGGGAGUUGUUAAACACUGGUAUUUCUGUAAUCAUGCUAGUGGGGGUUAAAUACUAGUAAUUUCUGUGGCCUGCCAGUGGGAGGUUUAAACACUGGCCAUGACCUAUAGAGGAGACGUCUAUUUCAUUCCCGUACUGUAUCCGUUUUUCGUGAUUGUACUUGUUGGCAUGCUAUAAGUUAAUAAAGGGCACUCCAUAUUUACUUACUUAGUUUAUCUCAUAGUUUUCCUUGUCCACCAUUUCAGGAAGCAAAAUCGAGGACAGGAAAACCACGGGAAGUGACGAGUUAGAAAGUUAGUCAUUUUGAGAUUUGAUAUAGAUUUUAGAAAUAAAUCAUGAUCGUGUAAACUCGAGUGUAUUUGGAGAUUUUAUGAUAUCAGAGCAGAUUUUCAUAAAAUUUGAUCAUUAGAUUUUGUGGAUUGUCAGAUAUGAAUUUGAUAAGUUCCGAGUUUUGUGCAUUUGUGGGACCCUCUCACGAGUGCACGGCGUCUGUCGCGUCUCGAAUUUGGGUUUUGGGGCGUGACAGUGACAAUGUCUAUGCCUUCUCUAAAAUGAGCUUUAAUAAGUAUUUGUAUUUCUCCAAUGUGGAUAAAACCUAUCCUUGAUAUAUCAGCUUCUUUAAUUUUUGAUAGUUUGCUUUCUAUUUCUGCAUUAAUAAUCAAAGGUAUAUUUAUUAUUAUUCCCGUUGUGUUCUUGAUAGGAACGCUAUAUUCUUUAGUGGAUAUUCUAUAAUAAAAUGUAUUUUUUCUC